GAGGUGCGUGAGUCAAAGUUGUCCGGUGGGUGUGUAAAUAUUAUUGUACCAACAUACAACAUUUUAAUAAGCUCAACGGGCGUUUAAAUACAGGUUCCGGUUGGUUUUCAAAGUAAAAUGUAUUUAGAAGUUUAAUGUUUCAACAUUUUCUGCUUUUGAUAACAUUAGUUAAAAAAUAAACGAAAUUUUGCGUUAAGUUUCUAAAACAGAUUAAGAUCUGUUUAAUGCUGCUUAAGGGCUAAAAACAAGUUUCGUAAAGUGUGUGGUGCGCUUAUUUUGAUGGGUAACCUUCAGCAUAUCCGGUCUGUUGCGCGUAGCUUAACUCAGCGGGAUGACGUCUUCGUUAGCUCCCGGUAUAAACACGGGUGUUCCGGUGUCCUAUUAUGAGCCGCCUUCAGCGAUUUUAAUUCGUACAGAAAGAAGUUCGUGAGUCCGGACGGAACUACCAGACUGAAACCGAACCGGUUCUGUUGGUCCUUUCCGCAGUUCCUUCCAGAUAGCUGCAGUUUUACCAGAAACUACGCAGUUCGGGAACAGGGCGGGAGUCCCACCGCAUUAACGGGACCGAUAAACGGUCCCGCUGGUAGUCCGGAACCCUGACCCGCUCGGUUCGGUCUUAUCGGGCUCUCACUGGGAACAGAGGCGCCAUGGAGUCUUGGUGGAGCCUUUCCCGGAGCUCCGACAACGGGAGGUAACCGGAGCGGGACAGGAGAGCCUCGCACGGCGGACAGCGGCAACCUGUUGCCGGUUUCCGGUGACACAGAGAGGAUGAGCGGCGCCGCCGGACCGCCGCUGCCGCUGGUGCUGCUGCUGCUGGGCGGCCGUGCGGCGUUCAUGGUCUGCCGGUCCCUGAACGCACCGCAGGACGGAGCGGUUCUGUCUGCGGAGGUCCAGAUGGACGCUGCUCUGACCGGUGCGGACAGACAGAGACGCCCCUUCCUGGAGAAAACUCGUCCCUUCGUCCUGGUGGACGGACAGAGACGGAGUCUGGCUGAAGCUGUGCAGGACGGCCAUCCCGAUAGGCUGCUGUGUGAGCUGGAGGUGGGAGGACAGCGCCUCCUACUGGACCUGGAGAAGAACCACAACCUGCUGCCCAGACCACCCAACAUCUUCUUCUACCUCCCCAACGGAACCGGAGUGUCUGUGCCGGCCGAGCCUGUGACUCACUGCUACUACCACGGCAGCAUCCGGGGAUUCCCGCACUCCAGAGCGGCUCUGAGCACCUGCUCUGGACUCCGCGGCGUAAUUGUCCUCAACUCCUCCGUGACCUUGGAGCUGCAGCCAGAGGUCAGGGAGCGGCUGGAGGAGCCGGGAGGAGGAGAGGAGGAAGACAUUCACCUGCUGUUCUCUGCCGGUCCUCUGGAGGGCGCCGCGGCGGUAGGCUGUGCCGUGGCGCACACGCCCGGUCCUCCGUCCUCCAGCCGCACCGCCGGCCAGCGGACCAAGAGAGACAUCCUGUCUGAGACCAAACACGUGGAGCUGGUGCUGGUGGCGGACCAUCAGGAGUUCCUGAACUACCAGAGGAACAACCAGACCAUCGUGUACCGGCUGCUGGACGUGGCCAACCAGGUGGACUGGUUCUACCGGCCGCUGAAGGUCCGGGUGGCGCUGACGGGCCUGGAGGUCUGGAGCGACCGCAAUAAGAUCCGGGUGGAGAGGAGCGCCACCGACACGCUCAACAACUUCCUGGAGUGGAGGAGCAGAGAGCUGCUGCCACGCCUUCGCCAUGACAACGCCCAGCUCAUCAUGGGCGAGUCGUUUGACGGUACCACUGUGGGAAUGGCGUCCCAGUCCUCCAUGUGCUCCAGGGACCGAUCCGGAGGCGUUAACGUGGACCACCUGGUCAGCGUUCUGGGCGUGGCCUCCACCGUCGCCCACGAGCUCGGACACAAUCUGGGCAUGAGGCACGACACGGCCGAGCGCCGCUGCUCCUGCGACAACGAGCCCCGCCUCGGAGGAUGCAUCAUGGAGCCGUCAACCGGCUUCAUGCCAGGUCAGCAGUUCAGCAGCUGCAGCGCCGCAGAUCUGUCUGUCAGCCUGCUGCACGGCGGCGGCAUGUGUCUGUUCAACGUGCCGCAGCCCGACCGCCUGCUGGGCGGACCGCGCUGCGGGAACCUGUACGUGGAGAAAGGAGAGGAGUGUGACUGCGGCCUGCUGGAGGAGUGUGAUGACCCGUGCUGUAACGCCUCCACCUGCCAGCUGGUUCCUGGAGCUCAGUGCUCCUCAGACGGUAUCUGCUGUGAGGACUGUAAGCUGCGCGCUGCGGGCUCGGUGUGCCGGGAGCCGCUGGGAGAGUGCGACCUACCUGAGUACUGCACAGGCUCCGCCCCUCACUGCCCCCCCAAUGUGUUCCUGCAGAACGGAGAGGCCUGCCGGAACGGCGCCUCCUACUGCUACGGAGGAGUCUGCGCCGAUAUGGAUUUCCAGUGCCAGAUGCUGUGGGGAACCAAUGCCAGCAGCGCUCCAGCCAUGUGCUUCUCAUCCGUCAACAAACAGGGAAAUAAAUAUGGAAACUGCGGUCAGCUGGCCAACGGCUCUUACAUCCCCUGUGCCAGCCGAGACGUUCUGUGCGGCAGGAUCCAGUGUCAGGGCGGGACGGAGCGCCCCCUGUUGGGCAGCAUCGCCCAGAUCCUGACCGUUCGUUUCAACCACAGCGACCUGGUCUGCAGAGGGACGUUCUUCCACCUGGACGACGACAUGUCCGACCCGGCCACCGUGGCCCAGGGCACCGCCUGCGGGCCCGGCAAGGCUUGUUUGAAUCAGAAAUGCGAGGAUGCGUCCGUGUUCGGCGUGGAAGAAUGUCGCAGGAAGUGCAGCGGUCACGGAGUGUGUAACAGCAACAGGAAGUGCCACUGCGACGCCGGCUGGGCUCCUCCUGACUGCAGGUUCUCUGGUCGCGGCGGCAGCGUCGACAGCGGCCCGGCUGCUGCCGCUGCAGAGUCCGAUCCGGUCCGGGUCGCCUUGCUCCUCAUCUUCUUCUUCAUCCUGCCCGUGGUGCUCCUCUUCCUCGCUCUGCGCUUCCCCCGUUUCCGGCGGACGGUCUGCUGCCUCGGACCCAACAGCCCGUUUCACAAGGCCCGGCAGCACAACCGGACGCCGGCGACGGAGCGAGUAGACGGUCGCAACGGAGAGCAGGUCCGACCGCUGCGAUACCACCUGAACCCGCAGUCCGACGGAGCGCUGGCGCCGCCCCACAAAGAGGUUCAUGACAGGCCUGCUCCUCCCACUAAGCCCCUCCCCCCUGACCCCGCCCUAACACCCCCGCAGCAGGUAACCAACACCUGGCCGUUCGGUGUGUCUGUGCGUCCCACUUCAUCUCAGCUGCUGCUCUGUAGUUUGUGGCUUGUCGUCUCGGUCCAGACGUCUGUGUUGUCUUCAUGUGGGAUUGUUUAUGAAAUUAUGGGAAAAUGUCUAUUUUUCCAUAUCAACCAAAGACUUACAACAGCUGAAAUAGUUUAAUUUUUUAUAAUUUAACUUGAGAAAAGCAGAAUAUUAGUUGAUAUAAAACAUUUAGCGGCUCAAACGUUUCACCUGCAUCCAUCUUGUUUUCCUACCAUCUUAGAAACUAGAAUAGAUGUCAGAGACUUUGGUUGGUUUGGAUGUUUUUGUGUUUAGUCAGGUUAUUUUUGUCUGAUCUGAACAUUUAUUUCAUGAUCGGAAGGUUUGAAGAAAUGUGUAAGAGGUUAAAAGCAGUUUGAUUUUAACGAUUAUUGAAUGAAUCAGUUCAUUUCUGCAGUAGAAGGAACUGAACUUUGUCUCUUGGUUCUUCAUGUUUCAUCCAAAAAGUUUCUUCCGUUCUGAACAUGAUGAGAAAUAAAACGUUUAUUAUCUGCAGUCAGAACAGUCACACCGAUGGGGCCGGUAAGGUCACUGAUGGGACAUUAGUGCUGCUAACGGGGCCCGUCAUGUCCUGAUUAGAAGGCUAACAGAGACGUUAGCCUAACAGGAACUAGUGGGGUAUUAAUUUCACAAAUGGGCCAAUUAGACCUAAUGAGGUCAUGAAGGUCAAUAAUGGGACCACUAAGGUCACCAUGGGGUCAUUAAUGGGGUUGUUACGGUCACUAAUAGGUCAAUAAAGUUCAUUAAAGUUUAUUUAUAUGGUACAUUUAAGCAACCAUGCAGUUCAAAAUGCUUUACAUUA